AUGUUUACCGGUAAUGGGGCCCUCAUGACCUGUGAGCACGCAAAUCCAAACCUCAAGAACAAUCCAACAGACUCUUCAGCGCCCUUCUUCUCUGCCGACACAGAUCCACUAUACCACUUCACCUGUAGCAGAAUGGAGGGUGCCCCUCAGAAACGAAAUACGAAACACGGAAUUCCUGCAACACCCAAAACCAUCGUAAAAGAACUCAGGAGGCUUUAUUGGGUUGCUGUACGGGAUGAAGUUCAGAACAUGAUCAGAUUCUACUGCGAGAUGAAAAAGGCCGCUUAUCAACCUCAUGUCCCUCCCAGAUUGGAAUGUGAUAACUUCGAGAAGAUGUUCAAUAUCUGGGUUGGUAGUCAACCCAACUUCGACAAAGCCGCUGGUUCAAGCCUCUACCACGAGACCUUGCAAAGAGCCCAAGAGCACCUGAAUGAGCCGGAGAGCAAUGAUCACCGCUAUGCACGCCUUAUCCUGCAGUCCUCAAGCCUUCUGGAUAUUGACAUUCUUUACGAACCUACUCAACUAUCUCAAGACUACCUAAAUAUGCAACCAAACCUCCCCAAUGUCAAGUGUGCCAUAACGAACGACGCAAAUACCACCAGAGUAAUGAGACCAAGGCUCUACGGAAUCUCGUGUAGUGCAUGCGGUCAACUCAUCCAAUCGAAGGUUUACUACGAGUGUAUGCAUGACUGCGAGCCUUACAUCCGGUACGAGUAUGAGUAUACCAAGCAUGAGUGGCAGGAACGCAGGUUCGACACAGCCUCCAUGAACUCCACGCCACGUCUUCGGUAUUUUUGUGCGCCAUGUAAGAACAGAGUUGAGGUCUGUCAGCCAGGCCACCAUCUCCGCCUGGUACACUAUGAGGAUCCAGAUAUUCCUGCUAUCAUAGAGCUACGGGCUCAACUGAACAAGUACAUAAAUAUGAAUGAACAUGAGAUAUUAGAAGACGAGAGCGCCAAGGAAGACGAGAGCGAGAGUGAAGACGAGAGCGAGAGUGAAGACGAAAGUGAGAGGGAAGAUGAAAGUGGGAUAGAGGAUGAAAGUGGGAGGAGGGAAAAGGACCACGCAAAGGGAAAUUACACGGGGAAGAAGCAGAAACAGGAUACAAAUCUUCCAGCCGCUUCUAAGUUCUCCUGGCGAGAAAGACUGGCCAUGAAAAUACUCAAGGAAGCAGAGACGAAGGGAUCCAUAUCCCAAUUUCUGCGUACUUGGGCACUGAUGCUCAAAGGAAACCUAGCCCCCGCUGGAAACUUCCAUCUGUCGUUCAUGUUUGGGCCUCUAAUAUUCGAGUCUGGGCUGAAAAGAAUCAAUCAUGGCAUGCGCGUAUCUCCCAGAAUGCCACCAUCUUUACUCUCCCAAACCAUCGGCGAAGCGCAGAAAGUGUCAUGUCCAUUCUUCUACCGGCACAAGGAAACCAAGCGACUGGAAUUUCAGUACAAGAAGAUAAAGAUCAAGCAACGGCCCUUGCUUGCCUGCGUUAAGCGUGUAUAUGGCGGCGCAUUCUCGGGCUAUCCCGAGUCUGCCCGCCUUCGACAGGCCAGAGUUAUUGACACCUUUGUGAAAGAGGCAAAUGCCUUUGGAAGUAUCGCAAUGACGAAAAUGGCGCAGGUCAGAGCGAAUCUACUCAGCAAAGCCGCGGGCAGGGUGAACCGCGCCCUCAAAGAAUGCUUGGGAGGGGAGGUCAACAAACAUCUGGAUCGGAUUGUUAGAAUACUUCUUGUAGGGGGGCGACGAGUGGCGGAAAACCUAGGUCAGAUUUUUAGGUUUCAUCAUAAUGGGCCUUGGAUCACACUGAACGGGUUUGAGCACACGCUUGUUUGUCCACUAUUUCUCAAGAAAGCAAAGACUGUGCGGGGCUGA